AGUAUUCUCUGUGUUUUUACUUUGAUCCGGAUCCAGCGGCGUCCCGGUCCGCAGCGGGAGUCUGACCGAACUGUCCCUAAGCUUUCACACGGUUUGACUCCGCGGGGAUCCCGUUAGCCAGCCUGCGGAUCCAACAUGGAGGACAUGUACGUCAAACCCGGUAACCAGGAGCGAGGCUGGAACGACCCCCCUCAGUUCUCCUACGGCCUUCAGAAGGCCCACGGACCGCAGAGGAACCUCCUCAACAAGAGGCCAGCAGCAACCUCAGGUGCAGGGCCCCCACCUACAGCCCCUCCCUCCUCCAACCCUUUAGCUCCACCUCCUUGUGGUGUAGCUCCACCUCCACUCUGCCCAGCUGGACCUCCACCUGGGGGCAUGGCCACACCCCAUCCUCCUCACCUGGGACAAAUGAGGAGCCAGAGAGAGGCUGGCAUUAGCCAAUCAGAGAGUGAGCCUGAUGUCGGGGGUGUGAUGCUGGUACUGAACGGAGCGCUCCGCGCCUGCAGACACUCUGUUAAAGCUCAGGUGUGUAAUGAUGUGGCAAAGCGGCUUCCCCUGAUGGAGGACAGCUGGAGGUCAGGUAGGCUGAGCCUGCCCGUCAGGAGGCGCAUGGACACCCUGUCUCUGGAAUUACAGUCAGGCCGCUGGGACUCGGCUGAUGAGAUCCAUCGCGCCCUGAUGGUUGAUCAUGUGACCGAGGUCAGCCAAUGGAUGGUUGGCAUCAAACGACUCAUUGCCGAAACCCGAAAUCUGAGUCCAGAACUCCUAGAACCACUUCAGAAACUGAGAGAGCCAGAACCUGUCAAAGAGCCAGGAGAACCCCAGGACUCUUUAGAACUAGUCCAUAAGGGGGAAGAACCUGCUGAAGACUUGGCAGAACCAGUCCAGGACCCCGUCUCCCAGUCCUAACUUUCCUGGACUCCUUGUUCUGUAAUCCAAACCAGGAAUUGCUGCUAUAAUUCUCACAGCUGUUUACUUCAGAAGGGGGUCUGCUGGGAACUCUGGACUCGGACUCUCGGGAUUUUGAACUUUCCUGGACUGGAAUGGGAGCUUUACCUGUGGGUGGACUCUACCUUGGACUUUCUCUGCACUGGCCCGUGGACUCUCUCGCUGAAACACCACCUCCCCCCGCGGUGCGCUGCCAUGGCUCUGACCUCUGGCGUGUUUCUGGACUCGGGUCCUUGAAGUGGGUGAGAACCAGUGAGAGCUGGUUUCCAGUGCGGAGCGAGUGUGAAAGUGUUUGUCUCUGAUGUGGGAAUAAAUCAGUUUUCUCUCUU